CGCCGCGCGUCGCGACGCCACACAAUCUCCCGUUUCGCCUGAACGUCUACUCCGCGGCAACGUUCUCCAUUCACGGGCCAUCGAGUGACCAAACAGGAGGAAGAACGUAGAAAACCUUCAAACGCGUUUACUUCCGGUUCGGGAAACAUGAUCCUGAGCGAGCGCACGCGUUGCCUGGCGAGGCUCCUGCUCGCCGUUGGAUUCGUCAACUCUGCAUCUGCCGUUAUCAAGGGCAACGAUUAUCAGCACUAUCAGCAACAGCUACCUGGGGACCACUUCUCCAAGGACUUUUAUCGAGUAGACUCAAAGAACGGUUUGCUAGGUUCUUAUGCAACCUUCAAACCCAUUACAGAAUGUAUGUUCGUCACGUCGGAGCCAGGAACAUUCGUGUACACGUCGAAGACCGACGAUGAUGAAGUCUGCGGGAUUUACUUCCUGGCUGGGCCGGACCAGAAAGUGGAGAUCGAAUUCAGAAUGCUGGACGUGCCCUGCGAGCAUCGUGGACUCAUUUCGGUGAUCGACGGGUGGGAAUUGAACGGCGAGGUGUUCCCUAGCGAAAUGGAUCAUCGAUUACCAAUGAAACAGAGGAACGUCGAAUUCUGUGGUAAAAAUAUCGCCACCAAGAGGACGUUCACUAGCUCUCAGAAUGCUGCAGUGAUACAAUACCGGAUCCCAAAGGCUUCCAAGGGAUUCACCGUCACUGCCAGAUUCGUUAAGAACUUCAGACGUGAGUUAAUUAAUAUUUCAUUAUUAUCAAUUAGGAAAUUCAAACAUUUAAAUAAUUUCCAGUGCGAUGAGACAAGCCCACGCGAUCAACUGAUAAUUGGUGGCAGUUACGGGCUGGACACGUCGAAACUUCAAAUAGUCGACUCUAUUUGCGGAAUAGAUUCGAAGCCAGAUUUCCGCGAACUGGUGGAGUACGAAGUGACCUCCGUUCGAUUAGAGUCGAGCGGUUUCUUCGAGAAUUCAGCCACCGUGCAAAUUCUGCCUCUCAUUUAAAUUACUAGCUGAUUAAAAACUACAAAAAGAAAACAAAACAUUUACGUCGAAUCAACUGGACUUAUAAAUGUUUACGAAUACUUGAUUAAAAAAAAAUUGAUGACUUUUUAACGAUUAGACUAGUCGGAUGGACGUGUUUCGUUGUAUAGUUUAAAAAGAGAAUCUAAAUAGAAA